AUGGAUCGCCGGCAGUUUUUGUUUGAUCCAGAGGAGUGUUCGACACGUAGUAGCCACCGGAUCGCUGAGGUCGCCGGAGGGACAACGGCUGAAUGUGCAGCGGUGGUCUGCUGCUUCCCCUGCACCGUGGUUAACUUCCUGGUGUUGGCCGUGUACAAGGUUCCGGCGGGUUUGUGCCGGAAGGCUUUAAGGAAGAAGCGCCGUAGACGGAUGUUGAAGAAAGGGUUGUUGAUCCCGAAUGCAGGCAGCGUUAACGAUAUCAGCAGCACCCACCGGAUCAGUAUCGACGGAAGGGAGUUCUUGCUCCAUUCGGCGGGCGGCGAACGGUUCUUGAUGCAAUCCAUGGACGCCGAUGAAGAAUUAAUGGAGUUAGAGAACGAGAUGUGGGAGAAAUUCUACGGGACGGGGUUCUGGAGAAGCCUUUCUCAACGGAUCAAUUGA